CUCUCUCUCUCUAUCCUCUCUAAUGUGUGUAACUGUGUAUGAGAUUGGGGUAAAAUGAGUAAAACAGAGGAGAGGAAGUGGUUAUGAGCUGUAAAAAUGUCCACAAACUACAAAGAAACAUCAAUCAAGCAAAAGUUUCAUCACUUCUCCCUUUUCAUUCGACUUCAGCCUCAGCUUCUCGAAUCCUUACGUGCAGAUAUAGAUAGUGAUUCCAAUGUUGUUUAAUUUCUAUGUAAACUACAUGUUUUGUAAAAUAGGGAUAUUUAUGUUGUUAUCAUGGGCGUUAUCCGAUCAUUAAUUGAGGUUUGAAAAAGAUUUAUGAUCCUUAUGAUUAAUAAUGGUUAUGAUGUUUUGAGGCAUACGACCUCUUUGUUUAUGAUUUUUAUAUGUAUCUGUGAUUAGGAAGUAUCAUCUACAUGGGUUAUGAUGUUUUGAGGCAUACGACCUCUUUGUUUAUGAUUUUUAUAUGAUGCUUAUGGUGUAUACAGCCAUGUAUGAAUGGCAAGAGAGAGAUGAAAACUAUGAAGGAGAUGACUCAAGGUGAUGAAGAAGCUAUCCAAGCGAAGCUUGUUCCACAUGGGAAGAAGCGAUAAAGCUAACUAGGAAGAAGCUAGCUCAAAGAAAGAUGAGAUGCUAAGCGUAUAUUUUCUACAUGACAAAUAAGAUUGAUUGUCGUGAAGGGAUAAACUCGUAUAUAUACACGAGUUAACCGUUUAACCUUAAUACGCUUGCUUGAUAUGCUUCGGACUCGUUCUUAAGUUCAUUGUGCUAACCCAUUGUACCCACUCUAUUCAUUAGGCUUGUUGAUAAUCCCACUAAGUUAAGACAUUUUGUUACUUGAUCUAGUAAAAUAAAAUGUCACAAUAGUGAGCAAACAAAAAAAAUUACAUGCUACAAGUCUACAACUAUGAUUUGAUGAUUAAAUUACAAAAAAUAAUAAUAAUAAUAAUAAAAAUAAAAAAAAAAAAAAAAAGGUUUCACAAAAUCGUCUUCUUGUUCAUCACUUCCAAUUUCUCGGUUAAAAAACUGAAAAACAUUUUCAAUUUCUACCAGACAGACAGGAUCAAUCUCCAUUGAUUUCUUCCAAAUCAUCAGCAGAGAGUAAGCAACAAACAUACAAAUUGCAUAUGUUGCUGCUGGUGACAUCAUCAUUUAGUUAGUUAAUGUAUGAUGCUUCUGGGAAGGGUUGGUAGGCGAAUAGGGAUAGUAACAUCUGCAAGAUUCAGAAGCAAAUGUUUAUCCACAAACAACAGUAAACAUAUUAUUGAAUCAAACAAGAAUGGAGAGAGUUCUAAUAGUUUAACUCAUCAUGACUCGUAUCGAGACCUCGAUAAGCUUGAUUUCAUGACUGCUGCCAAGAUUCUCUUCACCACUCCUCCGAAAAAGAAGAAAUUCGGGCUUGAUUUUCAUCUGGUUCAGCUCUUCUUUGUUUGCUUGCCUUCACUCGCUGUUUAUUUAGUUGCUCAAUAUGCUCGUCACGAAAUGAAGAAAAUGGAUGCAGAACUAGAAAAGAGACGAAUUGAAGAGUCCAAGAAGAUAAAGGCAACCGAAGAAGAAGUACUAAAAUCUAAUCCACAAUUAUUGGAGGUAAAAGAGAGAUUAGACAGCUUGGAAAGAACCGUCAAGGAGAUUGUAACGGAAUCCAAAAACCAAAGAAAUAUGAAAGUUUCAGAGCAAAAAGAAGAUGACACAAAACAGCAUGUAAGCAGCACUGCUGUUGAACACAGCCCGAACAAACAAGCUUCCGACAAACAAGAAAGACAACGGGAUGAGAGUCAGACGGCUACACAUCGCGGAUCAACCAGUGCUGAGAAGUAAACCGCAAAUGGGUUCGGGUACACGGGCCAGACAUUUUGAAGAAAACUUUCGAUUAAACUGAUAGAGAAUGUAACAAUGAGCAAUGAACUAGCUAUUUGUGAUGUCUAGUUUUUUAUGAUAAAGGUAAUUCAUAGAAGGAUUUCUGUUUUGCUUUCA